AUGUGGGUACUGAUAGCCUUGCUGCUGCUGCUGGGUCCAAGAAUUGGAAUAGCUGCCACCAUGGAUAAGCCCAUUCUAUCUUUGCACCCACCCUGGACCACAAUCUUUAAGGGGGAGCGGGUAACCCUGAGAUGUGAUGGAUACCACCCCUUGCUCCUGGAGCUCCGGCCAAUCAGCACUUUGUGGUAUUUGGGGCAUCUACCACUUCCCUCUCAUAAGAAGAGCAUUGAGGUGCAGACACCAGGGGUGUAUCGAUGCCAGACCCGAGGGGCACCUGUCAGUGAUCCAAUUCACCUUUCGGUAUCCAAUGAUUGGCUGAUCCUGCAGGUUCCCUAUGCCAUGGUGUUUGAGGGUGAGCCACUAGUGAUACGCUGCCGGGGCUGGUAUGAUAAAGUUGUCUACAAACUCCACUACUACAAGGAUGGACAUGUCAUGCGCUACUUCCAAUCUAGUGCCAACUACACCAUACCUCAGGCACGAUCUACUGAUAGUGGACAUUACCAGUGCUCAGGAACCCUGCGUAUCCCAGUGGAGAGUACUCCUAUGUUCUCUGCCAAGGUUGCGGUUACCAUCCAAGAGUUGUUUGCAUCUCCCAUCCUGAAAGUGGUACAUAAGUCUGAGUCCCGCAGCGGGGGUGCGGUGACUCUUCGCUGUGAAACAAGUCUGCACCCUCAGAAGCGGGACACUCCGUUACAAUUUUCCUUCUACAAGUACAGCCGCCCUGUGCGCCGCUUUGACUGGGGAGCAGAGUACAUAGUUCCGGAAACGGAGACUGAGGACUUGGAAUCAUACUGGUGCGAAGCUGCCACUGUGACCCGCAGCGUGCGCAAACGCAGCCCUUGGUUGCAACUCGCAGGGAGGGGUUCUAUAUCCAGCACAUCGUCCGUCACAACCCGAGCUCCUCCGCCAGCAGCUAUGUCCAGGAACCCCGUUUCAAAGCCCCUCUCCUUCAGAAAGCCUCCUGAUCCCAGAUCUGUGCCCUCGAUCACCUUUGCCCCAAACUCUACCUUGAGCGAGACCCUUACCUCAGCGCCAAGCAUUCCCACUGCUGGGCCCACUAUUUGUACCCCUCUGACUUCCUUGGGGCAAUCUACCUACCCUUUGAAGUCUAACAUGGAUGUAUUGCUUCAGGAAAUGCAGCUGCUUAAAGGCCUUCUGAGACAAGUAGUACUAGAGUUAAAGGAGCCACAUACAGUUCUGAGGCUCGGAGGGACACCAGACAUACCUAUUUUAGAUUUGGGGGUGAGUACAGCUAGACCAGAGACCACAGGAAAGGGUUAA